AUGAGCCUCUCCAAACUCGCAGAGUUUGGCACUCGCCAUGUGGCGCGAGGAAUCGGUCGCCUCAUGACCGAGGUGAUCGAAAGUGGCUCCGGCAGCUAUGUAACCACGACGAGCGGGCGGAAGAUGCUCGACUUCACCUGCGGCAUUGGCGUCGCCAAUCUCGGUCACUGCCAUCCCGCCGUGACCAAGGCCGCCCAGGCCCAAGUCGGCAAGAUAGUGCACGCUCAAGUCAAUAUUGCCUUCCAAAAGCCGUAUCUCGAGCUCGUCCAGUCCCUCAUACCGCUCAUGCCACACAAGUCACUGGAUACCUUCUUCUUCUGGAAUUCGGGCUCCGAGGCAGUCGAAGCGGCGGUCAAGCUUGCACGACAUGCCACCAAGAAGCCCAAUGUCAUCGUCAUGCAAGGUUCAUAUCACGGACGCACAUUCGGGGCCAUGGCCAUGACGCGGUCCAAAACCAUCUACGGCGAGAACUACUCGCCGCUUAUGCCCGGAGUGUUUGCCGUUCCCUUCCCCUACUGCGCGCAGUGUUCGAUUGCGAAACGGAGUGACGGCAAGUACAACGCCGAAAACUGCUGUAUGGAUCCCGUCGAACAGCUUGAACUCCUCCUCAAGCGCGAGACUGCCCCGUCAGACACGGCGGCAAUCUUCAUCGAGCCUGUGCUUGGAGAAGGUGGCUACGUCCCGGUGGUGCCAGCCUACCUGAAACGGGUGCGCGAGAUCUGUGAUAAGCACAACAUCCUUCUCGUAGUAGACGAGGUACAGUCGGGGUUCGGCCGGACGGGCAAGAUGUUUGCCAUCGAGCACUACGACGUUGUGCCAGACAUCAUGGUCAUCGCCAAGGGCAUUGCGAAUGGCUUCCCAUUGUCGGGCAUCGUUUCAAGGAAGGAACUGAUGGAUAAGCAACCGCCUGGCUCCAUGGGCGGCACCUAUGCUGGCAAUGCCGUUUCGUGUGCCGCCGGCGUUGCUGUGGUAAAAGCGUUCGAGGACGAAAAAAUUCUGGAUAAUGUCAGUGUGCGAGGGAAGGAAAUGAUGGACAUGCUGAAGGGGGCCAAAUCUGACUUCCCUCAUGUCAUUCACGACGUCAGGGGAUUGGGCCUUAUGCUGGCUGUUGAGUUCGCGGGAGGCAAAGGCUUUGGAUCCAAAGUGCAAGCCAAAUGCUUGGAGAAGGAUCUGCUGAUUCUGACCACCUCGAUUUACGACACCUUGCGGUUCAUUCCACCCUUGAACAUCAGCAAGGAGGAUAUGGACAAGGGUUGCGCUAUCAUUCGACAGGCAAUCGAGGAGGUAGCGGCUGGUGAGCGUCCUGCGGAGACUCAAACCAAAGGUCAGGCUCCAGAAUAG